UCCCGCUGAGAUCACCCCAGGGGUCAAGGUUUGGGCCGGUCCCCGCGGGGACCGUGAGGGCGGGGCUGUGGGCAGCAGAGGACGCCCCUCUGGGUCCUUUGAUGGCUGACAGCCGAGCUGGGCGUGUCCGCCCACUCAGGCGGCGCUGGGCUGCCAGGUGCCCUGCGGGAGGCGUCCAAUGCCCUGGGUGGGCGAAGCAGCAUCGCUUGACACCGCCAGCGCAGGGUGGCCGCAGGGCCCCGCUUAUAGCCCCGAGGCGCCGUUCGGGAGCCUGAGAUCGCAGCGAGCUGCCCGCGUGGCCAGCUCCCUUCGGCGAGGACACGCCUGGAGCUGCCGGUUCUGCGACCGGGACACUCCGGCCUGGGGGCGUCUCCGGUCCCCCAGCCUCGCGUGUGCGCCUGGGCGAGUCCCACCUCCCGAAUCCCUGCUUCGAGCCCCGGACCCUGGCGCCACCGGGAGCCUCGUAGAUCGGCCCGAGCCAGCCUCCCGUGAGCUCCGGGCGCCGCGCGUCCACUGCGGGGGCGGAGACAGUGAGUUGGGGGCGGCCCAGAGCUGGGGGUGGCCGGGCUGCUGAUCCGCGGCGAGAACGCCCCAGCAGAGCAGCAAGAGAGCGGAGCUUGAGCGCUGGGUGCAGGACGCUCAGGCUUAGAAUGGAGCUCGGCUGCUGUACCCUGGGGAUGCCGGCAGGGGUGCUGUGAUUCAUCAAGGGAGAGCUGGGUGUCAGGAGAGAGGGGAGCCAUCAGCCUUGCAGACAGCACCCCAAAGGAUUCCCUGCAGUGCUGCUCACAACAUUUCCUGGUCAGAAGGAGAGCACCAUGCGGGUCAUGGAUGAAAAUGCCACCAACGCAUCCACCACCCUCCAGUCUACCUUUGACCCGCAGGGAGCCCACACUGCUUCCUUCCCUUUCAACUUCAGCUAUGGCGACUAUGAUAUGCCCCUGGGGGAAGAUGAGGAUGUGACCAAUUCCCGAACUUUCUUUGCUGCCAAGAUAGUCAUCGGCAUGGCCCUGGUGGGUAUCAUGCUGGUCUGUGGCAUUGGCAACUUCAUCUUCAUCGUUGCCCUCGCUCGCUACAAGAAGCUGCGUAACCUCACCAACCUGCUUAUUGCCAACCUGGCCAUCUCUGACUUCCUGGUGGCCAUCAUCUGCUGCCCCUUUGAAAUGGACUACUAUGUAGUGCGCCAGCUCUCCUGGGAGCACGGCCACAUCCUGUGUGCCUCUGUCAACUACCUGCGCACUGUCUCUCUCUACGUCUCCACCAAUGCCCUCCUGGCCAUUGCCAUUGACAGGUACCUGGCCAUUGUCCACCCGCUGAGGCCGCGGAUGAAGUGCCAGACAGCCACUGGCCUGAUCGCCUUGGUGUGGGCCGUGUCCGUCCUCAUCGCCAUCCCCUCCGCCUACUUCACCACCGAAACCGCGCUCCUCACAGUCGAGAGCCGGGAGAAGAUCUUCUGCGGCCAGAUCUGGCCGGUGGACCAGCAGCUCUACUACAAGGCCUACUUCCUCUUCCUUUUCGGCCUGGAGUUCGUGGGCCCCGUGCUCACCAUGACCCUGUGCUACGCCAGGGUCUCCCGGGAGCUCUGGUUCAAGGCCGUGCCUGGCUUCCAGACGGAGCAGAUCCGCAAGCGGCUGCGCUGCCGCCGGAAGACGGUGCUGGUGCUCAUGGGCAUCCUCACGGCCUACGUGCUGUGCUGGGCGCCCUUCUACGGCUUCACCCUCGUGCGCGACUUCUUCCCCGCGGUGUUCGUGCGGGAGAAGCACUACCUCACCGCCUUCUACAUGGUCGAGUGCAUCGCCAUGAGCAACAGCAUGAUCAACACCCUGUGCUUCGUGAGCGUCAAGAACAGCACCAUCAGAUACUGCAAGAAGAUGCUGCUGCCCCGCUGGAGGGCUUCCUACAGCGGCAACAAGUCGAGCGCCGACCUCGAUCUCAAGACUACGGGGAUACUUGCCACCGAAGAGGUGGACUGCGUCAGGCUGAAAUGACCCCCUGGCCCUCGCAGAGAUGUGUGGGACACUGGCCAGGACGCCUGGAUACACAGCCUCAACAAGGAACCCUUGGUUUGCUGUGGAGGCCAGAGUAAAUGGGCAGCUCUGUGACCAUGGUGUGCAAGGAGAGCUGGAUCUCCCUCCUUGGACCCCAGGCUCAUUCAUGGCUGCCAUUCACUGAAUGUCUAAUAUGUAGAAAGGGUGGACUCUGGUUUAACCUGUAUGUGCUGUUGACAUUUAGUUGGCAAAAUAAAAUAGAGAUUAAACCAGGGACAAUGUAUUGGUGGUGUAGGUGGUCUGGAAUAGAAGGGAACCAGAGUAGAUGUCUGGGACUUCAGGACACGUGUUUGUGCCGCGAAGCUUUCUCUGCACUGUCCCAGCUGCUUGUCAGACACCGGUCAAUCCUCUUCUGGGAAUGCUCUUUAGCUUGACUUCACUCCUGACAUCAGCAAGGCUGGAUCAACAACACAAGAGACAUCAGGCUCUUUCUGCAGCCCAUCUCUUCUCGCCUCUGAUUCUGACCUUCACUGUGACGAGCCUUGCAUGCGUGCACAUGCAUACCUUAGUAUUCAUGGCCAAGUUCUAUGCAAACUCUGUCCCCACUCACUGCCCCCCUCAAACCUAGGAGUUUGCACACACAUGGGGAGGCUCAUAACCAUGAGGAUGGACUUGGGGAAGGAGCCAUGCAGACCCUGGACAGCACUGACAACGAAAUGACGGGUUCGGGGUACCUGGAGUAAGUCUAGAGAGGGAAAACCAGGUUUCAGGGUGGGCAUGUCCUCACGGCUCCUUGGGCUUCCUGCUGCAGGAGAGUUGAGGCACAGGUACAGGAGAGUGGAAAUCGGACCUCUAACAGCAUGCGGGGCUCAGGCACUCCAGGUGGAGGAUGAUACGCUUUCCCCAUGUAGGUGCCCUGGCUUGGACCAGGUAGUCUUCCCUUAAAUCCUUCCCUUCCUUGUCAUGUCUCCAGGCUUGGGAAGCAAGGCGUAAUAGACACACACCUCGUGGAUGUGGCCAUAAGUUAAUUGUCCACCGUCUCUCAAACAUGAGCAAGGCAUGAAGUGUUCCCUCCUAACCAGCUGGCCUGGUAAGGGACCCUCACUGGUGUUCUGGGAGAGCGAGAAGCCUUGGUGACUGGUGCCUGAAGCCUGGUCGCGAUUCCUCUUUUAAAAUGGAGGGACAAACCAGCACAUUUCUGCUGCUCAGUGUCAGGGAGCCCAUGUGACCCAGUGGCAGGAGAUGCACCUGGGAAAGAGGGUGACAUAGAGCCGGAAGGGGUGGCCCCGGAAGUGAGCUGUGGUGACUCCAGGAGCUGUGGUGAUCCCACGGGCUUACCAAAAGCUUGUCCCGUUCUUGAACCUGUCUCCUUUGUUUUGUGUUUGGAAUUUUGGAACAAGAAGAUCUGAUACCCAGCCUUGGCUCUGUUAUCUGUGUGGUGGGGAAAAGCUCCAACCACACAGAAGAAUGGACUAAUACCUGUGUGUGUGUGUGUGUGUGUGUGUGUGUGUGUGGUGUGCCUGCUACUUGGGUUCCUGUGUCUGGAGAUCUCGCCAUCUUCUCCUUGCUUUCUACCUUGUGUCUAUUAGUCCUCUCCAUUUCUCAGCAGUGCUAUGUGCAUCACGUUCCUCAAAAACAAGGCAGAAACAUGAAGGAAACGGUGGCUGCAUCUCCAGAUAGAAGGCAAGCGUACAGUGAGAUCUUAAUGUUGCGAUCAUGGACGUAGUGACCGUCUUCCCAUGUGUGUUCCUGGUCAGCAUGAGUCUGGGUCACGUGCCAGUUGUUUCUUGGUUUGCUGUUAUGAGUGUGCAGAACUAUGAAGUGAAUUGUCCUUUUCUUCCCAUUUAAUCUGAGAGCAGUGCAAUUGCAAGGCUAAAUGAUACGUGUGUGUCAUUCCUUCCUUCAAAUAUAGACAACUCUCUGUUUCUGGCAGCAAAAGGUAUCUUUUAUAGUUAUGUUAUUUCCUUGGAAGAUACAACUCAAAGACCUCUUUGUUUCUUCCCAACUUGUUACCCAACAGACUUACCCUACAGUUUAAUCAGAAUGCUCACUGAGAACAAAAAUGAAUUAAAAUAUUAGCUUAGGGCCCAGUUGCAGUGCAGUGGGUUAAGCUGCUGCCUGCAACACCAGCAUACUAAACGAGAGCCGGUUCAAAUCCUGGCUGCUCCACUUCCAAUCCAGCUCCCUGCUAAUGUGCCUGGGAAAGCAGCAGAGGAUGGCCCAAGUGUUUGGGCUCCUGCAACCCAAGUGGGAGUUCCAGCCUCCUGGCUUCAGCCUGGCCCAGCCCUGGGCAUUUCAUCCAUUUGGGGAAUGAACCAGUGAAUGGAAGAUCUAUCUCUCUGUAUCUCUUUGUGCCUCCUUAACUCUGCCUUUCAAAUAAAUAAAUAAAAUCUUGAAAAGAUUAGCCUAAAUGAAAAAUACAUUAGAAAGUAAUUCUUAUCCUUUUAUAAAGUCAUAUAUUGGAUUAUAAACCAGGAAAGUUAAUUUUGGCUUAAAAGUAAUGAAAUUAUACAAUUCCUUGUCAUUGUGUUCUACAUUUCCAUUAGAAAUGCUAAAUGAGAGUUGACUGUAUUGAACAGGAGUUUUUGAUGAGACAACCAACUCCCUUCUGCUUUUCAGCUUAAAAUGUAUCAAUUUUCAGUCAUUUAAUGAUUUGUAAAGUAUCUGAAUAUUAGUGUCUGCUUGUGAUUUUAUAGUGAGUAAAGUGUUGUGUUGUUAAUGAGUGAAAUAAAUAAAUAAGAAAUCAUU